UUUACUUUAUGCGCGAUGGAGCCUCGACUGAUGACUCAUUUGAAUCCUAAAAUCCGCACCUGCUCGCUGAAAACGACUGCAACGCGUGACCCAGUUAUAGACGCCGGUCUAAUCUGGAGGCGCGCUAAUGACGCCCGCCGGCCGAUUACAACUGGUGCGUUCCAGUAUUCUAGACCACCGCGCGGUAAACAUUACACACGCGUGCGUUGCUUUCGUUACAAUAUACACGCAUGUGUUCGCGGCUGCAGUCACGUGCGCGAGUUCGAGCGCAGCGUAGCACUGCCACCUGACUGCGACGCUUCUGCUCAGUGUCGUUGUGUAAUUGAUUCGAGACGGAUCGAGCGAAGAGUGGUUCGCCUGGAUUUGGCCGUGCACGAAUUUCGACGAAGAAUGAAAUACUCGCCCCAGCAGCAGCAGCAACAGCAGAAGGAACGCAAAUCCGAGAGCGAGAUGAGUUCGGUGAACGCGACGCCGUCCAGGGCGGCAUCGGCCCUGCAGCGCUCGGCUUCGGCGGCGAGUCAGUCCUCGGCGGCAGCCCGACGGGCUCUCACCUGCCGGCCCCUUUCCACCGACAUGUUCGCCUGGAUGCGCGUCUUUCGGCUAGCCAACCUCCUGCACCAGGUCGGCUGCUAGGCGCCACCUACACACACCCACACGCAUCCCCCCACUCGACGACCCUACUACUACUACUACUACUCCCUUUUAGGACAGCAAGACUAAGACACCCCCCUAUGUUUUAUCAUUACUAUCUCCGGAGAAGAAUAAUGCUGAGGCAAUAAUAACGGAGUCAGCGAGGGAGACAUUCUACACCGAUCGCUCUUCCUCCGACUCGCGAAUUGAUCGUCGACGGUGCUAUGUUGUAUUUACGAGCUUUGCUUUCCUUCUUUUGAUUCGAUUAGUAGACAUGGCUGGUGAGUUUACGAGAGAGUCUGUCAAGCCCUGAAUCGAUGCCGUGUGUCGAAUAAUUAUUUUUUGUUUAUAUCCAUGGAAGGCUGAGCGGAGCUUUCGUUGCAAACUCACGGGAAGAUACGAGAGCGAGUUUGCCUGUCUAGUACCUACGGAUUAUUUUCGAAGUUCAAGUGAUAAAUCCAAUAGUCUUAGUUGAAGGUUCUAACUGAUAUUAUUGAUUGAUUUUUGCCGUUGAGCCAAAAAAUACUUUGUGGUUACUAUGCAGGUAAAGAUCCCUCUUGCAUCCGCGGUUUUUGUCGCCCGCAUAAUCGCGAGCGAUAAGAAUCUCGUUACACGCGUUCGCUUCUGUUGGUAACACGCACCCAUGGCACGAAAUUCGCCGCAUCGGUUCAAGAAUUGUACACCGACGCAAUAAGUUGCUACACAGUCCGCUCGGCGAAGCGUCAGUCGAGCGAUAAGAGACAAAAAUUAUGAACAAAAUGAAGAACGCGCUUUCGACAGCGUACCCUCACGCGGGCAGGUUUUUCGUAGAUCAAAUUAAAUAUACGCGUACACACACACACACACACACACACACACACAUACACACACGUGAGUCGACGUAGAUUAAUUAAACCGAAGAAUAAUAAAAAUAUGUAAGGUAAAUAAAGAAAUUCGAUCGUUGCAUAGACUAAAUAAAUAUCCGCACUCUCAAUCUCUGGUCGAGAUCCUAAUAGUUAUUAUUAUACAUAAAUAUUGUAUGAUCGAUAGUCCAGAAACAAGACCUCGUACGUAAUCGUAUAUCGAUUGUAAUUUCCGCUGCGAAUGUGAAAUAUUAAAGAGAGGAAGCGAGAAGCUACACGAGACAGCGCAUACUGAUGCUGCGAACUUCGCACCUUGAUUUACCUGUAUCGUCUAAUUUGCGUUGAAUAUAUUAUAUAGAUUGUUAAUUGAAUUUUAUAUAUAAAGUGUCUAAAAAAUCCAAAGAGAGAUAAAAGUAACAGAUCGUUGACGUUGUUAAAGUAAUAUCACACAAAAGCAGAUAACACAAAUUGUAUAAACGGCCGCGAAACUGCCGUCCGAGCUCCGUGUCCACUUGGACUCGUAGCCGCAUAUAGUCGCCGGGACACGCGUUCCUCGAAGCUUUUUUAUGCACAUUAGCCGAUCGAGUGCGGACGACUACGGCCCCGACGACUGCCACGAGUCUAGUCGGACGCCUGCGAAUUCCGACGAAAGAUUUUCGGCCCGACAGCAGCAGCAGGACACGCAAUUUUCUCCGAUGUUAUAUACGAUUCGACCACGUUACUAGUCUGUGCAUGUUUUUUUCGUUCUUCUUCGUUGCGCAAGGCGAGGGACGAACUACACCUGAUGCGCUGAAAAUCGAACGUCCACUCGCGAUUUAUACAGCCGUCCCUCGCGCGACUUUUGCUUCUGCGAAAACUGUCGAAUCGACAAUUGUUACGAUGGAGAAGACGAUGGCGAAAAAAGGCGAACGGAGACUAUGUAUGUAAUAUUGAAACAGCUUCGACUGCCAUGUAUAAGAAGUUAUAAGGAGACGUUACUGGAAACUUUCCGUUGGAACAAUUAAAAAAAAUUAUAAACAAAAAAAAAACGAAAAAAAUAUCUUAAAGCGAGUUUAUCAGUCGCUAUUGAUCUCCGACGUUGUAUUAUUUCCGCGACACACACGAACACUCUACGUUGUAUACGCCCUCAUUGGUUUUCCGAUUGUGUUUUCGCGACAAUCCCGCUCGAAAGCGGCCGCACCAACACGCACGUGCGAGAAUAACAAGAGAAAGAAACAGACAGACACAUCUUACAUCGCUAUAAAAUAUACUACUAUAUAAUUGUCGUACGUACGAUAUCGCAGCAGCAAAAUAGAAGCGACGGCCACGGCCGACCGCACACACGUUUCCUCGUUGAACGAUAAUACAUAUUAUAUUUUACGACUACUGUGUGAGCAAAUCGACUAAUAAACUGUUUGCUUUAUCUCGCGACA